GUCAUCAGAUGAGAUGAUGAGAGAGAAACUAUCAUAAAAAUUUGUUUUUUACUUUUCUUAGAGAGAGAAACAACUUUCACACUUCACACAUAACACAAUCAUUCAUUUUUCACUAUACAUGCUUUCUAUGUGUUUAUGUCACUGUUAGUAUAGCACUUAGUAGUAUAGUUGCUUACAACUUCAAUAGUAGUAACAUUCUAGUUUCUGAGAAGGGUUUGUUUCUUUGUUUCUUCAUCAUCAUUCUCUUGCACCCUUUAAUUUCUUUUCAACUUUUUGACUUUCUGUUUUGUUUCCAAGGAAAAAAGGUAACAACUUUGUUUCUGGGUCCUGUUGGUUUUUUUUGUUGGUCACUCAUUGCUAGUACUAAACUAAGGAAUAGUUUUUUGUUCUUGGUUUUCCCUUUUUGCAAGUUUAGAUUCUUAUGAGUGAGUGGAGAGAAUAAAAAGAUGGGUUUUUGUAGGAAAUGAUAAGGACUCUAUGGUUUGUUUUUAUCUUUUAUGAAGGCUUCUAUGUGAAGAUUUUGGUUUGAAAAAUGAAAAGUUUGUGGAAUAUGCUUAUGCUUAUUCUUAUUCUUAUGUUUGUGCUGGUUUUAGGCAACCCAUUUUAGGAUAGAGUCUAAAAAUGAAGUCUUUUGGAGUUUUAUUAAUAUGAGUUUGUUUCCAAGUUUUGUGUUGUUGUGUUAUGGUGAUGCAAUUUGCAUAUGGGGUUGAUUUGUGGUUGUGACUUUGUUUCUUGUGUUUUGAUGUUUAAGAAUAGACAAACCCUUUUUUCUCUUUCAAGUAAGUUGUUGGUGUUUCAGCUUCUUGUUUUGUUCUUGUUUUGUUUGCGCCAUGAUAAUACUGUGCAAUGUCAUGGGAGAUUGAGUAAACAUGUAUCUUAUGAGUCUCGAUCGGCGUCGGAAUAUAAGGAUGAUUCUAAGAAGAUUAUUGUUAGUGUAGUUUUAGGAGUAAUCACGGGAUUAAUUGGUUCGAUUCUGUUUGCGUUUGUGAUUCGCCGCGUCGUUCGGUAUCUGAAUAGAACGCCUAUCCUCAAAGGACCGGUCAUAUUCUCGCCGAAAAUUGCGUCGAAGACACUCCAAUUAGCUUUGUCGAAGGAAAAUCAUUUGCUCGGUUCGAGUGCGAAUGGGAAAUACUACAAAACUGUUCUUGAAAAUGGUCUCAUAAUUGCGGUGAAAAAGCUUACACCGUUCGAGAGCAAUUCGCAAGAGAGUAAGAGAAAAUCGGUGAAGAGGAAGAUACAGAUGGAGCUAGAGCUUCUUGCAAGCUUGAGACACAGGAAUUUAAUGAGUUUGAGAGCUUACGUUCGCGGAAACGAUGGAUUCUCGUUGGUUUAUGAUUAUGUGUCUACCGGGAGUCUUGCAGAUGUGAUGAAUAGGGUUAGGGAAAAUGAGUUGCAGAUUGGUUGGGAAGUUAGGUUAAGGAUUGCUGUUGGUGUGGUGAAGGGUCUUCAAUAUCUUCAUUACACUUGUGUGCCUCAGAUUUUGCAUUUCAAUUUGAAGCCGACAAAUGUGAUGUUGGAUGGCGAGUUUGAACCUAGAUUGGCAGAUUAUGGUUUGGCUAAACUUCUACCAAACUUAGAUAGAGGGACUUCUCUCAACACCCCUCCCGAAUGUUUACAUAAUUGCAGGUACACGGAAAAGAGUGACAUAUUCAGCUUCGGGAUGAUACUAGGUGUUUUAUUGACCGGUAAGGACCCUACGGAUCCGUUCUUUGGAGAACCGGCCAGAGGAGGAAGUUUGGGAUGUUGGCUGCGACACUUGAAGCAAGCGGGCGAGGAACGAGAAGCUCUAGAUAAGAGUAUUUUGGGGGAACAAGGUGAAGAAGAUGAGAUGCUAAUGGCUGUUGGGAUUGCUGCUGCAUGCUUAUCUGAUAUGCCUGCUGAUAGACCUUCCAGUGAUGAACUUGUUCACAUGCUAACACAGCUCAAUAGUUUUUGAGCCAAAUUUUCAUUCUUCUGUUUCUUUAGAAGUAGCUUUUUUGUUCUAUCUUUUCCUAUACUAAGAUGUUUAGGCGUUUUUGAUUGUUUUGCAUGAUCUUAGUUUUGAUGGUUUGGUUGGUGUUUUCUGUUAUUUUUUUAUCUGGUUUUGCAGAUUAAGUGGUUGUAUUUUUUUUGUCACACUAGUGUAUAUAUUAUGUUUGUAAAUCACUAGUGAUGUUAACAAGUACUGUUUCUUUAGUCAGUACUAAUUAUUGAAUAUUCAGAUGAUUAAUAUUGUUCCGGUCGAUUUUAAA